GCAGGGACUGCCUGCUCCCCCAAAUCGCACCCCGAGCCCCCCCCAGGACCCCACCCGGGCGGGCGCGCCGAGCCAUGGAGAGCGCCGAGCUGGCCGGGAAGAUCCUGUCCACCUGGCUGGCGCUGGUGCUCGGCCUGAUCCUGCUGCCGUCCGCCUUCGGGGUGUCGCUGGGCAUCUCCGAGCUCUACAUGAAGAUCCUGGUGAAAACUUUGGAGUGGGCCACAAUACGAAUUGAAAAAGGAGUCCAAAAGGAGUCGGUUCUCAAAAGCUCGUCUUCUGCUGGUGGUAUCAUCCAAAGAGAUGAGUCACCCAUGGAGAAAGGCCUCGCUGGUCUGCGAGGAAGGGACUUUGAUUUGUCCGAUGUGUUUUAUUUCUCCAAGAAGGGAUUGGAAGCCAUCGUGGAAGAUGAAGUGACCCAGCGGUUUUCUUCGGAGGAGCUCGUGUCAUGGAACCUCCUCACAAGGACCAAUAUCAACUUCCAGUAUAUCAGUCCGCGCCUCACCCUGGUGUGGGUACUGGGUGUCCUAGUGCGCUACUGCAUCCUCCUCCCUCUUAGGGUUACCUUGGCUCUCAUUGGGAUCAGUUUGUUGGUUAUAGGAACUACCCUGGUUGGGCAGCUGCCAGACAGCAGCCUCAAAAACUGGCUGAGUGAGCUGGUCCACCUGACGUGCUGCCGUAUCUGCGUGCGUGCGCUCUCUGGCACCAUUCGCUACCAUAACAAGCAGCACCGACCCCAGAAGGGAGGCAUUUGUGUUGCCAACCAUACUUCCCCAAUAGACGUUUUGAUCUUGACUACAGAUGGAUGCUAUGCUAUGGUGGGCCAGGUUCAUGGUGGACUGAUGGGAAUUAUUCAGAGAGCUAUGGUCAAGGCUUGUCCCCAUGUCUGGUUUGAACGCUCAGAAAUGAAGGAUCGACACCUAGUUACUAAGAGACUAAAAGAACACAUUGCUGAUAAGAAAAAACUACCUAUCUUGAUCUUUCCUGAAGGAACCUGCAUUAACAACACUUCUGUUAUGAUGUUUAAGAAGGGAAGCUUUGAAAUUGGAGGAACCAUUCAUCCAGUUGCAAUUAAGUAUAAUCCUCAGUUUGGGGAUGCAUUUUGGAACAGUAGCAAGUAUAACAUGGUCAGUUACCUGCUCCGAAUGAUGACCAGCUGGGCCAUUGUCUGUGACGUGUGGUACAUGCCCCCAAUGACCCGAGAGGAAGGGGAAGAUGCAGUUCAGUUUGCCAAUAGAGUUAAGUCAGCAAUUGCUGUACAAGGCGGAUUGACGGAACUUCCAUGGGAUGGAGGUUUAAAGAGAGCAAAGGUGAAGGACACGUUUAAGGAAGAGCAGCAGAAGAAUUACAGCAAGAUGAUUGUGGGCAAAGGGUCUCUCAACUCAGUGUCGGACUAAUCACCAUCCUCUGCACACACACCCCUGGGGCUCCCAACAGUUUCCUCUUAUCCUGGAACUGGAACAUGCUGCUUUUUUUUUUUUCUUCUGGUGUGUUUGUUUGAUGGGGUAGAGGCCUUGUUUGGUUUCACUUUUUUAUUUAAUUUUAAAUAGUUAAUCUUGUCUCCAGGAUGAUUACUCUACCUCUAUGGUGAGGUGGACCCACUGGUACCUUUUCAGCUUUUGUUAUUACUAUUACACUAGCCCCAUGAAUUAGUAGGUAGUUUACUGAGUUUAAACAGAUAA